AUGGGGGAGAAAACGGGCUGCCUUAUAGGAUCAUGAUGCAAGGUCGAUCCCAGAAGCGUUGCAUUUUCUUUUCAUGACUUCCGGGCCACUAGAUUGUAGGUGAGGGUUGGGUUGGGGGGAGCGGAGUUAUAAUAAGGGUGGUGUGUACCGGAUGGGGGGUUUGGAUUUUUGAUUCCUUCUGCAAUUUUCUCCCUGGAUUCUAGGAUCGGGUUUGUGAUUUGCUUUCCUCUGCUUGACUUUUCCAUUGUUGCUGUCAGAAACCCUCAUCGGAAAAGACCACGACUACUGUCGAGUACAUACAACUACAACAUGCGUAUCUUCUCAGCCCUGAGCGGCCUCCUCCUGGCCGGCGCCGCCUUCGCCCAGAACACCAGCUCGUCCUGCUCGCCCAAGUCCGGCGACGUGCAAGUCGUGCAAUUCGGCUGGGCCCUGCAGUACCUCGCGGAGCGCUACUACUCGGCGCAGCCCUUGAACCAGACCUUCCUGAACAGCGUGACCAACAGCACGCGCGCCAACUACUACACCAACUUCCAGGGCAUCCAGCGCCAGAACCGGCUGGGCGUGCGCGCCGUGCAGCAGCUGGGCUCCAAGGUGUCCGGGUUCAGCGCCCCCCGCUGCAACUACAGUUUCCCGUCCGCGUCGGACGGCGAGACUUGGGUGAAGAACGCCCUCAAGCUGGAGCAGAGCAUCACCGGUGCCCUGGUCGGGCUGGCGGGAUACACCCAGUCGCCGGAGGUGUCGCUCCUGCUGGCCCGUCUGUCCGCUGAGCACUGUGGUCAUGCGUACUACAUCGCCAGCCAGCAGCAGGGCGUCGUCUUCCCCACGAACAGCUCCUCGCUGGUCCCGGCCUACACGCCCGACUGGGUCCUGCAGAACGGUACUCAGCCUGGAAAGCUGGGCUCGUACAUCAAGAACUGCGUCUCGCCUCCGUCGUCGCCGUGCGGCGAGAAGCUGAACAUCGGGCCGCUGGUGGGCACGUUCGGAGCGAACGCGACCAACUCGUCCUCGUCGGCGUCGGCGUCGGCGUCUUCGCUGUUCGCAAGGGUGUUCUAGGCUGCGGAUUGGGUUGAUUCGAGUGUAACUUGCCCAGUCAACGACACAAGGCACUCAAGUGAAAUUGCAAAACGACAUCUAGUCCUGUUGGAGGAAUGACGAUUCGAUUUCCUAUUUGUUUUUUAACGAACGCUGUAAUAUUUGGAAUUGUCUCCGCAUGUUGAUUAAUGUAAUGCCAGUUAGGAGAUCGUGUCAUGUAAUGACUAAUGUACAAGACUUC